AAUUAUUAAAAAAGAAAAAGGAAAAAAAGAAGAGCGAGUUUUCCCUCUCUUUUCAAAACAUCACAAAACCCUCCAAAAUUCCAACCUUUUCAUCUUCCCUCUUCUUCUUCUUGUUCUUCUUCUUCUUCUUCACACCACCACCGACUCUUUCAAAUUCCCAAAAUCCUCUCACUUUCACAACCCAAAACCAGAAAUCCGCCAUUUCUCUGAUCAACCGUUUCCAUGGAGUCCGAUCCCAAAGAAUCUCAAGAAACGACUUCCUAUUCGGUUCCUUUACAGCCAAACCUCGGGGAAUCUCCCUCGGAAACGCCCGUUCCAGAUGAAUCGCUCGAUCCAUGGCGUUCUUUUCCUCAACCCGAAGCCGAAGCCGUCCCCGAUUCGGUUUCUCCGCCGGAUUGUGAAGCUAGGUCUUCGCUGGAUUCGGACUUGAAAGCCAUUGCUGAUCAAGCUUCGAAAGCCGCUUCGAAGGCCCUAGCGGAUCAGUCUUCCGUUGUUCAAUUGUCGAGCCUCGUUGAUAAGUUAUGCUCCGGUGGGUACGAAAAAGCUCAAAAAGACGAAGAAGAGUCACGGACUUCCCUUUCUGGUUCCGUCCGCAGUGGUUCGUCUGAUUAUGACGCGGAUUCUGGGAGAUCCUUUUGGUCUUCUUCCAAGGAUUCGAUGUUCUUUUCGGAUAAUUUGUUUAAUAUUCAAGAAUCUCAACCUUCCAUGGUGGGUGCUGGGCUUAUGAAUCUGGGAAACACAUGCUUUAUGAAUGCGGUUCUUCAGUGCUUUACCCAUACAGUGCCGCUCGUGCAGGGUCUUCGUUCUUGCAAUCACUCCGUGCCAUGUGAACGUGGUUUUGAAGAAUUCUGUGUUGUCUGUGCUCUCCAUGACCACAUUCAACUCUCCUUAUCAUCUUCGGGAGGGCUUAUUUCACCAUUGAAGUUUGUCAACAAUUUGAAUUACUUCUCAUCUUCUUUCCUUAGAUACGAGCAGGAAGAUGCCCAUGAAUUCCUACAAUGCUUCUUAGAUAGACUUGAGAGUUGCCUUUUGGAUUCAAAGACAAAUGAAAAGUGUUCGACUCCUCCAGCUGAAAACCUUGUGGAGCAGGUUUUUGGUGGUCGUCUUAUAAGUAAACUCCAAUGUUGCAACUGUGGUCAAGUUCCAACAACUUUUGAACCUCUGAUUGACCUGAGUUUGGAGAUUGAAAGUGUGGACAGCGUUCCAAGUGCACUGGGGUCUUUUACCAAGAUGGAAAAGAUCGAAGAUUCAGAAAUUAAGUUUACAUGUGAGAAUUGUAAGGAAGAGGUGGCAGUGGAAAAGCAACUUAUGGUGGAUCAGGCCCCAUCUGUUGCUGUGUUCCAUUUGAAAAGGUUUAAGGCUGAUGGGUCUUUUGUCGAGAAGAUUGAUAAACAUGUGGACUUUUCAUUGGAGUUGGACUUGCAGUCCUACAGUACUAGUACUAGUGGUGAUAAUGCGGGGCUGAUGUAUGAUCUCUAUGGAAUUAUCGUCCAUGUUGGGUUUUCAUCUGCUUCUGGGCAUUACUUCAGCUUCAUUCGUUCUUCUCCAGACACAUGGUAUAGGUUGGAUGACUCGAGGGUUACCAGGGUUCGAGAGGAAUAUGUUUUAUCCCAGAAUGCAUAUAUUCUCUUUUAUGUAAAGCGUGGUACUCCCUGGUUUUCAAGCUUAAUGGAAGCUGAAAAACAACCGUUGGAUCUGGAAACUAGAACUACAUCACCUCAGUCAGUUCUAGAUAAUGUUGAGAAGGCCUGUCCAUUUUCUACAGAUACAAGUGCUUCAGUUUCAUCUGGAGAAGGCAAUUGCUUUGAAAAAAUUUCAAGCAUCAAUGUUGACGCAUGUACUACUACAUCUCUUGGUGAAAAUAGUUGCCAGCAGGAUGUUGACGAUACUAGUGCAGACGAUAUUUUCCAUCCUCUCACGCCUCCCAGAGCUCGGAGUCCAGAUGUGUUUUCCUUUGAGACUCCAGGACCUAGUUAUCAAAUUCCUCGCAACCACCUGAAGUCAGAGGACCAACCUACCUGUAAAAGAUUGUUGAACAAGCGUCCAGACGAUUCAGAAACAAAGGAAGCUGUCAGAUAUCUUACUAGGAGCAUGCCUAGUUCCAGAGGCAGUAGACUUCUGGAUGCCAUGUUUAGGCCUCAAAGUGAAGGUGCUGCAAGAAAGAAGAGGAAAUUUGAAUUUCCAUGUAAAGGAGCCGGGCCUGCUAGUGGUCGCCAUAAAUCCAACAAUGGUUCGGCCGCGCAUCCUGUGGUGGCAGCUUUACGCUGAGUUCCGAUCUGAGGCUUUGGAAAUCAGUUUUGCCUCAUUGAAUGGUACGGGCGUUUCUCGGUAUUAACCAACUUUCUUUGAUCUAAAUGAUGAGCUGAACGCUGGCUUCUGAUUGUUGUUUAUGUCGUUUUUUUCUCCUUUUUUGUUCAUACUUCUAGUAGCUAUGCUAUUCUCCAAUGUAAAGUUCAGUCGAAAUAACAAUUCUUUGCUACACUAGCCUAACUCAUGCUAUUGGUAAAAUGGAAAUUG